CCAUAAAACCUGAAAUGCACGUUGCGUGUCACCGCCAAAGCGAAGAAAAAACCCGCCCUUUCUCUCCUUCCACCCCGGGAGGUGCCAGGUCUCAAUCUGCAAGUGUAUUGUCCGGCCCUUAGGGGUCACGGUUAAUGAUUGGCGGCAGCCCGAGCGCGGCGGCGGAGCGAGAGGGACGCUAGUAGGGCCGCCCGCGAACAGCAACGUGAGCGCCGGGCCCGCCGAGCCUGCCGGCCGCCUGGCGCCACCUCCCGUCUUCCGCCCCUGGUACCUCAGGGGGUUCCGGGCGCCGGGGACGCGCGGGGGCCCCCAUGGAGACAGCGUCGCCGGCGGGACCCGGCGCGCCGCAGCUGGCGGCGCGGGGAGCGGAGAGAGCGUCCCGAAGCCUGCUGCGCAGGAUAAAAGACAAACUCUUCACCUGGAACAUUUUGAAAACAAUUGCUCUGGGUCAGAUGUUAUCCUUGUGUAUAUGUGGAACGGCCAUCACCAGCCAGUAUUUGGCAGAAAGAUACAAAGUAAACACUCCCAUGCUUCAGAGCUUCAUCAACUAUUGCUUACUAUGCCUAGUUUAUACAGUGAUGCUGGCAUUUCAACCAGGCAGUGAUAACCUUUUAAUAAUCUUGAAAAGAAAGUGGUGGAAGUACAUUCUGCUGGCAUUGGCAGAUGUGGAAGCUAAUUACCUGAUGGUCAGAGCCUACCAAUAUACAACGUUAACCAGUGUGCAGCUUUUGGAUUGCUUCGGGAUUCCUGUGUUGAUGGCUCUCUCGUGGUUCAUUCUUCAUGCAAGAUACCGAGUCAUCCACUUCAUCGCUGUGUCUGUCUGUCUGCUGGGUGUAGGAACCAUGGUUGGUGCAGACAUAUUAGCAGGGAGGCAAGACAGUUCAGGGAGUGACGUACUGAUCGGUGACAUCUUGGUUCUUCUUGGGGCUUCCCUCUAUGGCAUUUCUAACGUCUGUGAAGAAUACAUCGUGAAGAAGCUGAGCAGACAGGAGUUUUUGGGAAUGGUGGGCCUAUUUGGAACAAUUAUCAGUGGCAUACAGCUGUUGAUUGUGGAGUAUAAGGAUAUUGCUGCCAUUCACUGGGACUGGAAAAUCGCCUUGCUGUUUGUGGCAUUUGCCUUCUGUAUGUUUUGCCUGUACAGCUUCAUGCCACUGGUAAUUAAAGUCACUAGUGCCACCUCUGUCAACCUGGGCAUCCUGACAGCAGACCUUUACAGCCUUUUCUUUGGACUCUUCCUGUUUGGCUAUAAGUUUUCAGGGCUCUAUAUCCUGUCCUUCACCAUCAUCAUGCUGGGGUUUAUCCUGUACUGCUCCACCCCGACCCGCACAGCAGAGCUGGCCGAAAGCACCGUACCUGCAGUCACCAGCAUUGGGAUCGACAACCUGGGCCUGAAGCUUGAGGAGAAUCUCCAGGAGACCCACUCUGUGGCCUUGUAGCUGGAGAAGACAGCGCUUCCUGGGCCCACCGGGAUGGAGCAGAGUCUGCUGACUGCUGAGGGACACGGGGAAAUAUCAGGCUUGGAGUGAACACUCUGCGUCACUGGACUGGAUCCAGGGGUUAGAUUUUGGAAAGAAACAUUAAAUGAUGUAUUCAAAGUAAAAAAGAGAGCAGAACCCAGGCUAGGACUGUGUUUCUGUAUGUUUGAGGACCAACCUGUUAGUGUCUGGGAGGCAAGUGUGGGCCCCAGGCUGGGAAGAACAGGGCAGGAGGGAUGCCCGGGAGUGAGCAGGCCUCAGGACCUGGCCGAAAGCAGGGUCGGGGCUAGGCUCUGUGGGCAGAAGGAGGGCAGGCCAGGAUGGCUCUGGAGUAGUUUUCUUCAGUUUGAGGCUUUGAGUUUGUAAUCUGUGUCAUUGUCCACAGGCCUUGUGGCCUUAGGCAUGUGAGGCCUGGUGACGAUUGCAUAUGGUGGGAAGAUGGAUGGGCCAGCACUGAAGAAGUCCUGAGGUUCAAGUAUGAGUACUAUAGAAGCAUUAGGCUGGAGUGCAGUCAACUUAGGAACCCUCUCCUAAUUUUUUUAAAAAACAUAUCUCCUCUGCCAUUCAUUCCAGGUUCAUCAAACUCUUCUCUGCUCCCACAGUCUGUGACACUGGACACUUUUUCUACAUUUUCAAUCCUAGAUUCUAUUCUCCAGGAUUUCUUAGACUGGAGUAAAUAAAUGCAUGUUAUCUUUUCUGAAAAGUUCUCAUGACCCCUGGGUCGUAAUUGGUAAACUAAAUUAUCCAAAAAAGAAGAAAACUUCAUUUCUAUAACUGGUAGAUAAAAAUAAUCAUCGAAAUGAAAACACAAUAGUAAUAAUUUCUCAGAGUAUGUCUGGCAACCCUGCAAGACCUCGGUGUUAAAAGAAGAUACUACCCCAUUUCUUCCCAAAUAUUUGUAAUGACAUGAGAUUUUAUGAUACGUACUUCAAUACAGAAACGUUAACAUGUAGCAUCAGUAUAAUAAUCAACAAAAUGCCACUUUAAGAAAACUGUAUGUAGGCGGCGCCUGUGGCUCAGUGAGUAGGGCGCCGGCCCCAUAUGCCUAGGGUGGCGGGUUCAAACCCAGCCCCCGCCAAACUGCAACAAAAAAAGUAGCCGGGCGUUGUGGCGGGCGCCUGUAGUCCCAGCUACUCGGGAGGCUGAGGCAAGAGAAUCGCUCUAAGCCCAAGAGUUAGAGGUUGCUGUGAGCCAUGUGACACCACGGCACUCUACCGAGGGUGGUACAGUGAGACUCUGUCUCUACAAAGAAAAAAAAAAAGAAAAGAAAACUGUAUGUAAAUUUUUUUAUAAUAAUAAGAAAUGAUGGAUAAGUGUUCAUACUAGUAAAAGACUUUGAAUUCCUGGGAGUACAGUCACUGUAUGGUUUCAUUUUUUUUUUUUUAAUUUUAUUUUUCUUCUUCCCCUUGUGCAUGAUAAAUAACUUAAUAUUCAAGAUUUCUUGAUAUUUAACUUUUCAGAGUCAUGCCUUCUGUGAGGUGAGGCAAAGCUGUCUAUCUGGGGCUGUCCCAAGACCAAAGGGAAUUCAGAGUGGCUCAUGGAUCAUUUACAGGAAUACAUACUUUCCAGAUCCGAAUUACCACAAUGGGUUUUUUACUUUUGAGUGAAAUAAUCUUUCAUUCUCUGCCAUGAAAUAAAACUUCCUUUUCAAUUGAUGUUUGUUUUUCAUUAACAACUAUGUGUUAUCAGUGAAUGGAGAAGGUUACAAUGUUUGGCUACUUUGGGAAGACUUGAUUUGGUUAGCCCACUGAUUGUCAUCAUUUUUAAAUUUGUGUCAUUGUGCUCAUUGUUCUGUUUUAUUCAUACCAAUGACAGCUGCAGUCAAAACCAUGGUUGCUGGAGGCAUCCAUGCUCAGUGGGUAGGGCGCUGGCCACAUACAACAAGCUUGGCGGGUUCAAACCUGGCCUGGGUCAGCUAAACAACAAUCACAAUUGCAACAAAAAAAUAGCUGGUGAGGGUGACAUAGUGAGACUCUGUCUCAAAAAAAAAAAAAAAAAAACCCUCCAAAACUGUGGCUGCUGAUCCUCCACCUGUAAGAUUGCUAUUUAACUGCCAGCAUCAUUCACAAGGUCUUUGGUUACAUAUUUGGGCGUUCAGCAAAUUCAUGCCUGCACAUUAUGAUGGACUUCAGAAAAAGGAGGUAGCAAUUUUUUGAACCCUAGGAAAUCACCCAAAUCUCAAUUUGUCUCUGUUAACUUCUAGAAAUGUACUUUGUUUACAUAUUCAAGUGAAAACACAACAUUAAACAUUUCAGAGAAUGAACUUCGAAAUACAUAUCAAACUGAGAAAUACUUCAUCAUAAGUAAAUAUGUGUAUUUUAACAUAAUUGAAUUAUCCCACUUGAGUCUGCGUGUUCUUGGAAAAACCUUAAGUUGCUCCUUGUAACUGAUUUGUGUUCCUCCUCAAUAAACAAAUAUUUAUUG